AUGCCUCGACCAAAACGGUCCCGCGUCGCCGCGGCGCGUCCCACCAAGGCCCCUUCCCCAAGUGCGCGAGAAUCUCGGCAGUCAUCUGCAGCACCUCCGGCUGUGGCGAAGCCGGCAACCGCACAAGCCCGAUACCCGAGUAGCGAUAUCUACGAUGUGAGCGACCGCGAGAAGGAGCGCAUUAAGCAGCGUGUAGCCGAGGCCGCGAAGUCCGAAUCCCGUCGAACGAGCGCGUCGCAGCGUCUCGCGCUCAACUCGGAGCAAGCGAAGGCGCUGGCGGCCGCGAGAUCCAGGCGAGAUGAUGCGAUGAACAGAUUGGACGAUCUUACUUCCACGUCCAGGCCAGAUGAUACAGAGAGUCGCGCGAUUGAGCACAGUCCGGGGGAGUCUGCCGCGAACUUGCAGCCUCGGUUAAGCAACGCGUCAGGGCUGGACUUGGACGACGAUCCUUUCAAUCUCGAUGACAGCUUGGCGGAUACGGAGCAUGGGUCCGAAGAGACGCAGACUGGUUACCGCUCCACAGAUACCUCGUCAUUCAACAUCUCCUUGUUCAGGCGCCGCCCUCGAGCAUCAAGCGUUGCUGGGAGGGAUGACGUGCCCAUUCGUCCGAGCAGCAGAGGACAGAAUACACCGAGCAUCAGCUCAACCCUCACCUUCGGCAAUUUCAAGCGGCGUGCACGCGAGCGGAGCAUCCUAGGAACAGGACGGAAACCCCGGAGAGAGAGGUCCCAGUCCCAAACGUCACAAGCUUCGCGAAACGCCAGUGUUCUUGGAGACGGGGAUGAUUCUGCGAAGGCCGUGUCAAAGAAGGCACCGCCGCCCCCGAAGAAACUCACCACGGCCGACCUGACGUCUCUCCUCCCACAGCGCCGACAUAAAGCAGCUCGCCGCAGCCGCAACAGCGACGAUGCUUUCGACCUGGACGACUCGGAUGACGACCGCUACGAUAUCUCGGCGGCAGGCAACGACGAGGAUGAGCUCUCCUACGUCGGCUCGCGGGCCGCCCGGAGGAGAAAUGGCCGGCAGCCCUUGGGCAAAUCAACAACCAACCGGAAGAACAAGGCAGCCGAAGCCGGUAACGUGAACGGCAAGAAGCGCGUUGUCAGGACGUACGGCAUGCGCGAGGACGAGGAGAACGAGGAUGUCGAGGAGGAGAUCGUUGUCGGCAGCGGUGGCGAGGACGCGGGUGAGGGGGUGCAGGACGAGCUGCCCGACGAGGAGACCAGCCAGAUGAUGAGAGAGCGCAUCGGGGAGGAGCUGCAGAAGGCUGCGAAGAAGUUCAGGGAAGUGGAUAAAUGGGAGCUGUCGUUCGAGGUGGUCACUGAGAGCUCCUCGCCUGAGCCGGAUGCGCGGUGA